AUGGAUCCAUACAACAAUUAUCCGAAGCCAUAUGGGCAACAAUACUCGUACGACGACAAUCCUUACUACAAGCCUUAUCAAGGACCAUCUUACCCCAUUCCGUCCUCGUCAUCGCACACCGCGCCUGUACCAGCCAAUGCUUACGAAUACGAUGUCGGUAUCCUUGCUCAGCAAAGUGUCUAUGUCCCUGGAGCUAUGAUAGACAAGCGAGGAGGGGCAGGGGGUAAACUGGCAAAGGGUGGUAAGAGGGUUACAGUUUUGCGCAAGGGCGGAGGGAAAACGUGGGAGGAUCAAACACUGCUGGAAUGGAGCCCAUCCUGGUUUCGACUAUUUGUUGGUGAUCUUAGUAACGAUGUGUCAGACGAUGUGCUUGCCAACGCCUUUAACAAAUACACAUCCUUCCAGAAAGCUCGAGUCAUUCGGGAUCGGUUGAGCCAAAAGGCAAAAUAUGGAUUUGUGGCAUUUUCGGACCCAGAGGAUUUCCUGAAGGCCUGGAAGGAAAUGGAUGGUAAAUAUGUUGGCAACCGACCGAUCAAGCUAAAGAAGGCGGACGAUGCUGCGAUUCGGCCGGUUGAGAUUGGCCACCGCAAAGCGAAGAAACUGGAGCAAGACUUGAAGAAGAACCGCCAUAAGCCAUACUGA